UCUCCCCUUUCAAAAUGGCUGCCGUUUUACAWGGUGGAAAACUGUGGAGAUCUUUGGCUCAUAACAUCCAAAAGAACACAUUUUAUAACCURUCCAUAAGAUGUGGAAGUAAUGCUGCUCAAACGAGGAAGAAAGCAUCUUCUGCAAAAGCACCUGCAAAAAGCACUGGAAAGAAUAUUGUGUUGAUAGAUGGAGUAAGGACACCAUUUUUACAGUCAGGCACAAGCUAUGCAAGUUUGAUGCCUCAUGAUCUUCAGAGGGGAGCACUAGAAGGUCUUCUGGAUAAGACAGGUGUUGGUUCAGAAUCCAUUGACCAUGUUGUUAUUGGAACAGUAAUCCAAGAAGUUAAAACAAGCAAUAUUGCACGAGAGGCUGCUCUUGGUGCAGGGAUUUCAGAYAAGGUUCCUUGUCAUACAGUAACAAUGGCUUGCAUUUCAUCAAAUCAAGCAAUAACAUCGGGUGUUAGCCUUAUUGCUUCUGGUAGUGUAGAUUCAGUUGUUGCAGGAGGUGUUGAAUUUAUGUCUGAUGUUCCUAUCAGACUUAGUCGACCACUAAGAAAAACACUUCUCACUUUAAACAAGGCAAAGUCACUUGGUGCACGACUAGGACUUCUGGCUUCAAUAAGACCAAGCUUUUUGGCUCCUGAGCUUCCAGCAGUUGCUGAAUUUUCAACAAGUGAAACAAUGGGACACAGUGCUGACAGGUUAACGUCUGCUUUCCAUGUCACAAGAGAAGAACAGGAUGAAUAUGCAAUGAGGUCACACAUGCUAGCUCAACAAGCUACCGAUGCUGGGAAACUGACUGACGUAUUAGCCUACCAGGUACCUGGAAAAACAGAUGUCAUCACCGUUGAUAAUGGUAUACGAGUAUCAACUAAGGAACAGAUGGCAAAGCUUAAACCUGCAUUCGUCAAACCUUAUGGAACAAUUACAGCUGCCAAUGCKUCCUUUCUGACUGAUGGUGCUUCAGCUUGUUUGAUUAUGAGUGAAGACAAAGCGCUUAGCAUGGGCUUGAAGCCAAAAGCCUAUCUAAGAGAGUUUACUUACGUAUCGCAAGAUCCAAAGGACCAGUUGCUUCUUGGGCCUGCAUAUGCCACACCUAAAGUCCUGGAGAAAGCUGGUUUGAAGMUGAGUGAUAUCGAUGUAUUUGAAUAUCACGAAGCAUUUGCUGGUCAAAUUUUAGCCAAUAUGAAAGCUAUGGACUCUGACUGGUUUUCGCAGAACUACAUGGGAAGAAGUUCAAAGGUUGGUGCUCCUCCUUUGGAAAAACUUAACACAUGGGGUGGUUCACUAUCCAUUGGUCAUCCAUUUGGUGCCACAGGAGUACGACUUGUAACAACAGCRGCAAACAGACUCAUCAAUAAUGGCGGGAAGUAUGCCUUGGUAGCUGCUUGUGCUGCCGGAGGACUGGGCCAUGGCAUGAUAGUUGAGCGUUAUCCGUCAUAGACCAACCAAGAGUAACGUUAUCGUCAGUAAUGUACAGCUCACUCAUGUUCUCCCUUUAAGGAAUUUUUGUAACAGAGCUAUUGGUUCUGUGUGGGAAACAGUUCCUUCUCUGAAAGAGAAAUGUCAUUGAAUGUGGUAGUUUUGAAAAUAAACCAUGUUACACAUCACA